CCGGGCGUUCAAGGAAGAACCCGUAACCCAUCCAUAAUACCAUAACUACCAUGACAAAACGCUUCCGGUUCGUCUUCUUUCCCUGUUUCAGCCUCCCCCGCUUGCGCGCGUCGUUUCCGAUAAUCCGAUCGCUGUGCUCAUUCAAAGACACGCGGCACGCCAUUCUUCUUCUCUAACCUUUCUUCUCCUUCUCUUCCUCUUUUCUGAGGAAAAUGCCAAUAUUUCCUAGGUUUGAUUAACUUGUUAUCUCUGUUCCUUCUGACAUGCCACGUCGCAGUUGAUAUCUUUUUUGAUCCGAACACAAAUGCUUCGAUUCUAAAGGCAGGUUUCCCUCUCGAGAUCCGGUUCUCACGCAACCUCUUCUUCUCUAAUUUCACCGUAUUUUUAUCCGAAAUGCUCCAAUUCUAGAUUCCUUCCUCCAGAUCCGGACCCCAUUGGAGCUCUUCUUCAUCCCUCUUCUCCUCCUCUUAUAAGAAUAGAUGGUGCCGACUAGUUAGCAGCAGCGAGAGGGAAGGGGUUUGUUGUUUCGAAUCGAAACAAGAAAAAAAUAUGGAGAAGUCUUGUGCGCUGCUGGUCCACUUCGAUAAGGGUAUGCCGGCGAUGGCGAACGAGAUCAAGGAGGCCAUGGAAAGCAACGACGUCCCGGCGAAGAUCGACGCGAUGAAGAAGGCCAUCAUGCUCCUCCUGAACGGCGAGACCCUACCCCAGCUCUUCAUCACCAUCGUCCGCUACGUGCUCCCCUCGGAGGACCACACCAUUCAGAAGCUCCUAUUGCUGUACCUGGAGAUCAUCGACAAGACCGACGCCCGCGGCCGCGUCCUCCCGGAGAUGAUCCUUAUCUGCCAGAACCUCCGCAACAACCUCCAGCACCCAAACGAGUACCUCCGCGGCGUCACCCUCCGCUUCCUCUGCCGCCUCCCCGAGCCGGAGCUCCUCGAGCCGUUGAUCCCAUCCGUCCUCUCUAACCUGGAGCACCGCCACCCCUUCGUCCGCCGCCACGCCCUCCUUGCCGUCGCUGCCAUAUACCGUCUCCCCCAGGGCGAGCAGCUCCUCCCUGACGCCCCGGAUACCGUGGGGCGCGCCCUCGACUCCGAGCAGGAUCUCUCCGCCCGCCGCAACGCCUUCCUGAUGCUCUGCCACUGCUCCCAGGACCGCGCCGUCGCCCACCUCCUGGCCCACGUCGACGCCGUCGCCGGCUGGGGCGAGCUCAUGCAGAUGGUCGCCCUCGACCUCGUCUGCAAGGUCUGCCGCUCCAAACCCGCCGAGAAGGGCCGCUACAUUAAGAUCAUCAUCUCCCUCCUCGCCGCCCCCUCCGCCGCCGUCGUCUACGAGUGCGCCGGCGCCCUCGUCUCCCUCUCCUCCGCCCCCACCGCCAUCCGCGCCGCCGCCAACACCUACUGCCAGCUCCUCCUCUCUCAGAGCGACAACAAUGUCAAGCUCAUCAUCCUCGACCGCCUCGCCGAGCUCAAGUCCUGCCACCGAGAGACCAUGGUCGAGAUGAUCAUGGACGUCCUCCGCGCCCUCGCCAGCCCCAACCUUGACAUCCGCCGCAAGACCCUCGACAUCGCCCUCGAUCUCAUCACCCCAAGGAACGUUGACGAGGUCGUCCUCACCCUCAAGAAGGAGGUCGUCAAGACCCAGAGCGCCGAGCAUGAGAAGAACGGUGAGUACCGCCAGAUGCUCGUCCAGGCCAUUCAUUCCUGCGCCUUGAAAUUCCCAGAGGUCGCCAGCACCGUCGUCCACCUGCUGAUGGACUUCUUGGGCGACAGCAACGUUGCCUCUGCGAUCGACGUCGUGCUCUUCGUGAGGGAGAUCACCGAGACCAACCCGAAGCUCAGGGUGUCCGUAAUCACGAGGCUGCUCGACACUUUCUACCAGAUUCGGGCUGCCCUCGUCUGCUCGUGUGCUCUCUGGAUCAUCGGGGAGUACUGUCUCUCCCUCUCCGAAGUAGAGAGUGGGAUCGCUACCAUCAAGCAAUGCCUUGGGGAUCUCCCAUUCUACACUGCUAUAGAGGAGCAGGAGGCAGCCAAUUCUUUGAAAAAGCCGCAGCAGAUGAACUCUUCGGUCACUGCUGCUUCUAGAAGGCCAGCUGUUCUUGCCGACGGGACCUAUGCGACGCAGAGUGCUGCUUCUGAGAUUGCUUUCUCAGCCCCCACCUUUGUCCCCGGAUCCUUGGCUUCACCUCGGAAUCUGAGGUCCCUGAUUCUGGCAGGAGACUUCUUCUUAGGGGCAGUCGUGGCAUGCACUUUAACGAAACUAGUUUUGAGGUUGGAGGAGGUCCAGCCAUCCAAGGCCGAGGUGAACAAAGCAUGUGGUGGAGCCCUAUUGAUAAUGGUUUCUAUGCUUCAAUUAGGGCAGUCUUCAGUUCUUCCCCACCCGAUCGAUAAUGAUUCUUAUGACAGAAUUGUCCUCUGCAUAAGGUUACUCUGCAAUACUGGUGACAAAGUGAGGAAGAUAUGGUUACAGUCUUGCCGCCAAAGUUUUGCUAAGAUGCUUGCAGAUAAGCAGCUCCGGGAGACGGAGGAGAUUAAAGCGAAGGCUCAGAUAUCUCAUGCACAACCGGAUGAUCUUAUUGAUUUCUACCAUUUAAAGAGCAGGAAGGGUAUGAGCCAGCUUGAGUUGGAGGAUGAGGUUCAAGAUGAUUUAAAACGAGCAACAGGAGAGUUUACUAAGGAUGAGGAUGAUGCAAAUAAACUGAAUCGCAUUCUUCAACUCACAGGAUUUAGUGAUCCAGUGUAUGCUGAAGCCUACGUGACAGUUCAUCAUUAUGAUAUUGUCCUUGAUGUCACAAUUAUCAAUCGUACAAAGGAUACUCUUCAGAACUUGUGUUUGGAACUGGCAACCAUGGGAGACCUCAAACUUGUAGAGCGCCCACAGAACUAUACACUAGCACCAGAGUCAAGCAAGCAGAUCAAGGCCAAUAUUAAGGUCUCUUCAACAGAAACUGGAGUCGUAUUUGGUAACAUCGUGUAUGAGACUUCAAAUGUGCUUGAUCGGAUGGUGAUUGUCCUUAAUGACAUUCACAUUGACAUCAUGGACUACAUUUCUCCUGCUACCUGUGCUGAUGUGGCAUUUAGAACUAUGUGGGCAGAAUUUGAGUGGGAAAACAAGGUGGCGGUGAACACUACAAUUCAGGAUGAGAAGGAAUUUUUGAAUCACAUUGUUAAGUCAACAAACAUGAAGUGCCUCACCCCACUAUCUGCUCUGGAUGGGGAUUGUGGAUUUCUUGCAGCUAAUCUGUAUGCAAAGAGUGUGUUUGGAGAGGAUGCAUUGGUGAACGUUAGCAUUGAGAAGCAGGCAGAGGGGAAACUGAGUGGCUACAUUAGGAUAAGGAGCAAGACUCAAGGAAUUGCCCUCAGUUUAGGGGACAAGAUUACUCUCAAACAGAAGGGAGGCAGUUAAUCUGGAAUCUUUCCGUUUUGUCAAAGCUAAUUUGAUUUCCAAUUUAAAAUUUUGAACUAAAUUUUUUCAUUUUUAUGAUUACUUUUUCCGGAUUUUCCUCAUUCUGGGCACAAAUAGUCCUUUCCCGUUUCUUUCCUGGUCUCUUUUGCAUUUAUGUGGGCAUAUAGUCUCUUUGCCUGCCUAAAUUUGUUCCUUGUUGGCUAGUUGCUUUGUUUUGUUGUCAAUAGAAAUUGAAAUGUAAACACAACCAUACAUUUGCAAUGUUAAGGAUCUCCUAUCAUUGUUUCUUUGAC